UUGAUCGCCAUCGCUGCACGGCGGCUGAUCGCUUGUUUUGACUGAACCUGAAGCCGGUUUGACUGAACCUUUCGUGAAUUGCAGCAACUAUACCUUCUAAUUGACUUGUACUCGCCUCAGCCGCAAGCCGUCGCAGCCCCGGCGAUGAGCUGGGGCGCGCACGCGCAGUCGGUGACGUCACCCGAGCAGCCGCAGCAACAGCAGCAACAACAACAGCAGCAGCAGCAGCCGCAGCAACCACCACAGCCCGCCGCCGCGCCUGCGUACUACAAGGCUAAGGAGUACAAUCCCGAGACCGCCGUCAACCCACUCGUCAAGCCGAUUGGAGCCAACCCAAUGCAGCUGGCCUGCUGGUACGUGGCGUACCCGAUCCACUGGUCGUGCCGGCACACCAUGCCCGACUGCCGCGGCCGCUGGUACCCCGUCACCUUCAUCGUCUCCAUGCUGUGGAUCUCCUUCUACUCCUACUUUAUGGUGUGGAUGAUCACCAUCAUCGGCUACACGCUGGGCAUCCCGGACACGGUGAUGGGGCUGACGUUCGUGGCGGCCGGCGUGUCCGUGCCCGACGCGCUCUCCUCGCUCGCCGUCAUCAAGGAGGGGUAUGGCGACAUGGCGGUGUCUAACGCAGUUGGAUCCAACGUGUUCGACAUCCUGGUGUGCCUGGGGCUGCCGUGGUUCAUCCAGACCGCCAUCAUCCAGCCCGGCAGCCACGUCAACGUCAUCAGCAAGGGUCUCAUCUACUCCACCCUGUCCCUAUUCUCCACGGUGGUGUUCCUGGUGGUAGCCACCCACGCCAACGGCUGGAAGCUGGACCGCAAGUACGGCGCCGUGCUGAUGGUGUGGUACUUACUCUUCAUCACCCUGGCCAGUCUGUACGAGCUGAACGUCUUCGGAAUGUUCAACCCGCCCGACUGCAUCUCUAGCUACUAAAUAGUUUACUCGGUAGCGGUUGUUUUUUGACCUUUGAUAAGUGACAAGUUUGAAAC